AUGUAUUCAUUUAAUUUGCGUCUAUGUUCGAUCGCUCUCACCAUCGCGGCGACGAUCCUUGGAAGCAACGCCGCGGAUUUUGACCCUCUCUCGUACGUUGAUCAACUGAUCGGGAGUCGGAAUGGAGGGAAUAUCUUCCCAGGAGCCACACUUCCGUAUGGCAUGGCGAAAGCCGUAGCCGACACUACUAGCGGAAGUAAUCAAGGUGGUUUCACGCUGGAUAAUACUCCUAUCUCCGGGUUUUCGGCGAUGCACGACUCGGGUACAGGAGGUUCACCAUCUCUAGGCAAUUUCCCGCUUUUUCCAUAUGCGAGUUGCCCAAGUGAUGAUAUCGACCAGUGUGAUUAUCCCAAGAAAACCCGUGCCAACCAUGGUGGAUUUAACGACAGCAGCGUUGUGGCGCGACCAGGGUAUUUUGAGGUUACACUUAACUCCGGCGUCAAAACCACUAUGACUGCCUCUCAACAUGCUGCACUAUUUCAAUUCACUUUUCCGGCUGCAGAUGGAAAUGUGUCGCAUCCUCUCAUUUUGCAGGACUUGACGGAUCUCUCUGAUUCGCGUCAAGAUAAUGGAACUGUUUCUGUUGAUGAGGCGACUGGGAGAAUUACGGGGAGCGGUCGCUUUCAAUCAAGUUUCAGCCAAGGAGAAUACGUCAUUUACUUCUGCACAGACUUUUCAGGUCGUCAGAUUUUUGACAACGGCAUCUUUGUUAACAGUAGGGCUACUACGGAUGCCAAGAAUCUGACCAUCUCUAGAUCGAUUAAUGGGUACCCUCUUCCCGGAGGGGCAUUCGUCCGAUUUGAGUCUGGUGAUGAGCCAGUACUCGCUCGUGUGGGCUUGAGUUUCAUAAGCACUGAUCAAGCAUGUUCCAAUGCUGAAGCUGAGAUACCGGACUACAACUUCAACAAAACCGAACAAACAGCCGUUGACGCUUGGAAGGAAAAACUCAGCCCCAUCACUGUUUCUGCGGGUGGAGUAGAUGACUCUUAUCUCAUUAACUUCUACAGCGGAAUUUACAGAACAAUGGUGAAUCCCCAAAACUACACAGGGGAAAACCCCCUCUUCAACACCGGCGAGCCGUACUUUGACUCAUUCUAUUGCCUCUGGGAUAGUUUUCGAAGUCAGAUCCCGUUCCUCACUCUAACCGAUCCCGACGCCGUAGCACAAAUGAUCAGAUCCCUGAUCGACACCUACAGGUAUGAGGGUUGGUUACCUGAUUGUCGGAUGACUUUUUCAAAAGGUUACACACAGGGUGGCUCUAACGCCGAUGUAAUUUUGGCGGAUGGUUUCCUAAAAGGCAUCACGGCUGGGAUUGAUUGGGAUACGGGCUACGAAGCGAUCGUAAAGGAUGCAGAAGUUGAGCCCUUUGACUGGUCCAGCAACGGACGGGGUGGCCUUGACAGCUGGAAAGCUCUCGGCUACAUCCCAGUUCAAGAUCUAGACUACAAGGGAUUCGGUACUAUGACGCGUAGCGUUUCGCGUACUCUGGAAUACAGCUACAAUGACUUCACUAUAUCGCAAGUGAGCCAGUUGAGAAAUAAUACGGCGGAUACACAGAAGUACCUCCAGUCAAGUGAGAAUUGGAGGAAUCUAUACAAGUCCGAUCAGACGUCAAAGUUCUCCGAUGGCACUGAUACGGGAUUCACUGGGUUCUUUCAACCGAAAUUCUUGAAUGCGACAUGGGAUCAUCAAGACCCUCUAUUGUGCAGCAACAUCGACACUUCAGGGACGGCCUGCUCACUCCAGAACACAGCAAAGGAGACGUUUGAGUCCAGUAUCUGGGAAUACGGCUUCUUCGUACCGCACAACCAGGGCGACCUGAUAAGCCUCUACGGUGGCCCGGACGAGUUCGUUCGCCGUCUCGAUUUCUUGCAUGACAGUAACAUUACAUACAUUGGAAACGAGCCCGCGUUCCUUACCGUGUUCCAAUAUCACUAUGCCGGCCGACCCGCUUUGUCAGCAAAGCGUGCGCACUUCUACAUCCCCCGAUACUUCGACACAACUCCUGAGGGUCUCCCGGGCAAUGACGAUAGUGGCGCCAUGGGGUCCUUCGUCGCUUUUUCGAUGAUGGGUCUAUUCCCGAACCCUGGGCAGAAUGUGUACCUAAUAGUUCCUCCUUUCUUCGAGUCUAUCAACAUCACGAACCCUCAAACCGGGAAAACUGCAACGAUCCGCAACGUCAACUUCGACCCCACGUAUGACAGCAUUUACAUCCAAAGUGCGACGUUAAAUGGUGAGACGUAUACCAAGAAUUGGGUUGAUCACAGUUUUUUCACCGAGGGCAAGGAACUUGUCCUUACGCUCGGUAAGAAUGAGAGCUCGUGGGGUACCGCGGUGGCGGACUUACCACCGUCGCUAGGUGACUACGCAGGUUUUAACAAGACGACGUCGGGGAAGAAGUUGGCCCGUACUGUAGGGCAAAGAUAUGCCCCAAAUUUCGGUCAAGAUGGGCUUAGACUCAACUGA